CAAGCUCCGAACAGGCAGAGCGCUUUACCUUCCAAAACUCUCGCAGCAGCCAGACGCACCAGAGGAGCGCGAGGGGGAUGCAGCCAGAGGAGAGUGCCUGUGGACUUAACCCAAACCAGAAACUCAACACGUUUUACGCGCAUCGAUCAGCAGAGCUCAGCUUUUUUUUUUUCUUUUCUACAUUUAUUUCUUGUUAUUAUUCGUGUUAUUACUCUGCAUUUCUUAAUGAAGUGAGUGUUGAAUCGUCUGUCUAAGCCGCGCUGAGUUCCAUUCAUUUUAUUGCUGAAAAAAAGAGAACAUCAUGUCUGCUUCUGAAUCCUUCUGGAGGAUGAUCCGGCUGGCUGUGACAGUGGCGCUCAUGUCUGCGUGCCGAGCGUCAGAGGACGAGUACCUCAGCUGGAACUCGGACAUUUACAACGGGCCCAGCUACAGCAAGCCGCCCCAGUGCGUGGACAUCCCGGAGGACCUGCGGCUCUGUCACAACGUGGGCUACAACCAGAUGCUGCUUCCCAACCUGCUGGAGCACGAGACCAUGGCGGAGGUGAAGCAGCAGGCCAGCAGCUGGGUGCCGCUGGUGCACAAGAACUGCCACCCGGGCACGCAGGUCUUCCUCUGCUCGCUCUUUGCGCCCGUGUGCCUGGAGCGACCCAUCUACCCGUGCCGCUGGCUGUGCGAGGCCGUGCGGGACGGUUGCACCCCCAUCAUGGAGGCGUUCGGGUUCCCCUGGCCGGAGAUGCUCACCUGUGACAAGUUCCCCCAAGACGACGUGUGCAUUGCUAUGACGAAGCCCAAUGCGACCGAGGCCACCAAGCCCACAGGUUACUCUCCCAUCUGCCCUCCAUGUGACAAUGAAAUGAAAACAGAUGCCAUGCUUGAGCACAUGUGUGCCAGCGAGUUCGCUUUCAAGGCCAAGAUCAGGGAGGUGAAGAGAGAAAACAUGGACCGCAAGGUGAUCCUGCAGAAGAGGAAGAAGAUGUUGAAAGAGGGGAAUCUGAGCAAGAAGGACAUGAAGACGCUGGUGUUGUACUUGAAGAACGGUGCAGACUGCCCCUGUCAGCAGCUGGACAACCUGGGAAACCAGUAUCUAAUCAUGGGCCGCAAGGUUGAUAAGCAGUACCUGCUAACAGGCAUCCACAAGUGGGACAAGUCCAGCAAAGAGUUCAAAAAGGCCAUCAAGAAACUCAAGACCUACAAAUGUCCCGCUUUUGAUAAUGUCUUCAAAUAAUAUGCCCCCCUCCUCUUUUGGUCGCAUCUCAUCCUACAUAUGAACUUGCACAAGCAUUAAAAUCCCAAACUUUGCUUUCUAUUGUCCUGUUUAUAUAUCUAUAUAUCUUUGUAUAUUUACAGAUAUACUUUGAAAUGUCCUUUCUUAAGUUGUAGUUGAUAGUAGUGAGUGAUGACACCACAAAAAAGGGUUGGGCUUCUUGUAGUAAACUGAAAUCAUUUCCACUAUACGUAUGUAGAUACUUUGUUACACUUUCAUUCAACAGGUCAGUGGAUUUUGCUUAAAGGGAUAGUUGAAGUAGUUUGGGAAAUAUACGUUUGCUUUAUUACUGAGAGCUCAAUGAGUAUAUUGAUACCACCCCUCUCUAGACAUGAAAGUGGUUUUGAUCUUUUCAUCUAACUCUAAGCAAGAAAAAUCUUCAACAUUCUUUAACAUCUCUCUCCUUGUGAUCAUAAUAACAAAUCAUAACACUAGUGAUUAGACUUCAUAAUUGGCAGUUGCAGGUAUUUGGAGCUUCAAAAGCCACAUGUAGGCCUACAGAGCGGCUCCACAUAGGGUUCCUGUUGAAUAACGUAUUGACAGAAGUAUGAGAGAGUGCUGCCGUCAGCUGAUUGUUUUGUCAAACUAAAGACUGCACUACCAAUAAUUUUAAUCAUAUCCUUUACAUGUCAUUGUUACCUCUCUUUUUAUUACUUGAACAAUCUUAAGAGAAUAUCCACCAAUCUGCAUCAUGAGAUAACAUGUAGGUCUGUGUGGCAGAUUUCUUCUUUUCUUGUUGUGUGUUGUCACCUGACACUUGGCUAACCUUUUUUUUUUUUUUUUCACCACUUUUCUGUCUCUCUAGAUCCAGUCUAACUGCAGUAAUCAGUGUUCAUCUGUAAUGGAAAACGCUUUGCGGUCAUGUUGCAAAUAUUGCCAACUCUGUGUUCUGUUUGUUUUGCUCAACUGUUGCUGGUCUGUUUUAGCACUAUUUUGUUUCAGAUUUGAAUGUCAGUGGUCCAUUGCUGCCUAUUACAUGUACAUACAAAAUUUUACAUAAAUAUGGAAAACUGA